AUGGCUGGUUCUCAUCACCUUCAACAAGACGUUCCGCGAUUCCUGCAUAAACUUCUCUUCAUGUUCUCCCUUGCUGUGGUUUGCGCGUCGCUGUACUUCAUUCUCUCCGGCUGCUGUGAUUCUAUUCUAGUCGAUACUGCGAAACAUUUGAAGCAAACCUCUCAACUUUUACCUUUGACUGAGCUGUUCCAAAUAAAUAAUGCCUCAUUUGAGAAGAGGGCUACGGAUGUCGGUGUGCGCUCAGCAUCCCUCGUCGGCAGCGCAGGUACAAUGGGUGCAGUUGGUGCGCAAUCAGCCAAUAUUGGUAAGGACUGGACGGCAACAAGGAGACUACCCCAAGCAAUCAUCAUAGGGGUGAAAAAGGGCGGAACACGAGCUCUUUUGGAAUUCCUAAGACUACACCCUGAUAUUCGAGCACUUGGCUCUGAACCCCACUUUUUCGACAGACAUUACUCACGUGGGUUGAAUUGGUACAGGUAUGUACCUACCGAUGAUGAUGAUAAUGGUGAUGAUGAUGAUAAUGGUGAUGAUUAGAAUGAUAAUGAUGAAAGUAACGCGCACGCACAUACACACAUUUGUGAUUGGUUGAUAAAAAUGGUUGAUAUUUCAUUGACAGGGGGAUUUCAUUGUUUGCGCUCAGGAUGUCACGUUUCAAUGAAGUUGCUGAUGAAAAAUAAUCGAUUCUGAUUAUGUUUACAACUUGCAAAAGGUGUAGAAUAAUGCACAUUCCUCCUUGGAAUUGCUGCUUGAGCAUGGUAGUGUAUGACAAGUAAAAAGGGGUUAUUAAAUGGCUGAGAGAAUUUCUCUAUGGGCUGUCUGUCCUACAUGGUCCAUCCAUACACUCUGAAGAACAACUGACAGCAAUACUGUAAAAUCUGUAUUUUUAGAUUAUAGUAACACAAAUAUUAUGGAGCAAUGUUAUCUAUGCCAUUAUUAUUUUAUCAUUUUGACUGUCCUCCAAAAACAAAUAAAUGAACCAAACAUUCCCCCAACUCCUGAACCUAAUAUCUGCUACAUGAUCAAUCAAUCAAUCAAACUUGAUUUAUAUAGCACAUUUCUUACAACAAAUGCAUUUCAAGGUGCUUGGGCCAACAAUGCCCCACCAUAUGGCCUUUGUUUUCUCCCUUGUUUGAUGUCCCUUGUGGUGAGCGGUUAUUUUUCCGUUUUUAAACAACUAAUUGACCAACUUUGGUUCAAUUAUUUGAAUUCCCAUUUUUGUCCCGUUUUUUUCUGUGAGCUCAAUGCGCACAUUGCACAGUUUCUCUAGAGAUAAAUCAGAUCCAGCCCGUAAUGUGCGAUGUAGUAGGGAGUUGUAGUUUCCAACAGGACAAUAUUCUAUAGUUUAGUGCAUAAAUGGUGAGAAUUAACUACAGUGACCAUAAUCCACUGCGCAUCUACUUGUUCGGUCUGUGUUUAUUUUACGCCUGCUAUGGAAGAGACAGAAGAAUGGGCGAUCAUGAGGUGAUAUAGAGAGCAGCUGUUGCUUCACGAGGGUUUAUCUCUACCUGAAAAUACACGUUCUAAGUGAUUGAUAGUUGGUUUUCAGCAGUCAUAAAAGUAUGCCUUAUUUACUUUGAAGAACUACAAAGUUGUGAUUUUGUCAGACAGCAUAAGCAGCAGCUCUAUAGAGAUGAGAUGAUGACUUGGAAUUAAAUAAUAAAGUUAUUUAAAAAAAAGUUAUAUACACAACAACUGAAAUAUUUUAUUAAAGUAAUGUGAAUAAAUGAUGGUUAAUAAGUGAUAAGCAGUAAUGGGCAGUCACUACCAUCAUGGGACUUGUAUUAAUUGUUUUAUUCUGUCUUGUUACAGAAUUCAACCCACCUAAUGCAUAGUGCAUUUAAUGUUUAAAAAAAUAAUCGAAACCGAAAUCCGUGAUAAUUUUUUUAUAUUGAACCGAACCGACCUCAAAAAGCACUAAUCGCUCAGCACUGUUGAUGUCUGAAGUAUAAUACUGUCUGUUCCCAAAAUGGAAAUAUUAAUCAAGCUGCUUGAUCAAAGUAUAGCACCACAUUGUCUAAUGAGAACCCCUGGAGUAUGCAUCGUUUCUGCUGAGAGGAAAAUAAUCAAGGCUCUUUAUUGAAACACUACCCAUGGAAUUGAACUCGAUCUUGAUAAUGGUUAGAUAACAGCUCCAAGGGAGAGAAGCUGAGUGCAAAUGCCAAGCGAGUUAAUGCAACACAAAAGCUGCAUAUUCUGCCAGCGCCAAAAUCUGUCUCUGGGGAAAAUCAAAAGUGGACUCACUAAUGGACUUUGCUUGUAUUUGUGUGCUCCCUCCCUCCUCCUUUCUCCCAGUCUCUCUUUCUUCCUUCCAUUCUUUCUCUCUUUUCCUUCAUCUGGAUUUCUAUUCAGGCAGACAGCCAAGUGUGUCCUCUCUUUCUCCCUGGUAGCACAUGCUAUUACAAGGGGUGUGUACAAGAGUCAGUGCCCCUCAGCCCUCAUUUAAUUGAAUGGGAGUGUAUUGACAUCCGGCAGGGAGGAAGAGCUGAGUGAGGCUGGUGAGCACACUGGAGAAAACUAUAUAACACCAUGUAAAUUAUUAAGAACCUUCAGGCCUGUUGGCCUCAUUGGCACAGUAUGACAUAGAGAUCUCUGGGGAGUGAGCAUGACCAGAUAGUUCAUGGUGUUAGGGGAUGAUUCAAUCCCUUUAUUUGGCUAUAAGCCUCAAUCAAUAGUACCUUGGAUUGGUUGAUGGUUAUUCAAAUAAUUAACCCUCUCUUCGAUCUAUACAAAUGGAUAUGGUUAAAUUCUCUUUUGGUUGUAUUUUGUGUAUUUGAUAUAAGAUUGAACAGCCUCGCUCUCCCCCUCAGGAACCUGAUGCCCAAAGCUCUGGAGGGCCAGGUGGUCCUGGAGAAGACACCCAGGUACUUUGUGACGGCGGACAGCCCCAGCCGGAUCCACGCCAUGUCCCAGGAGGUCAAACUGAUCGUGGUGGUGCGUGACCCUGUGACCCGCGCCAUCUCUGACUACACCCAGAUCGUAUCCAAGACUCCGGGCGUCCCCAGCUUCGAGACCCUGACGUUCCGUAACGGGACGGAGGAGGCGUUGAAGGUGGACUCCCUGUGGAGCCCCAUCUGGAUUGGCCUGUAUGCUCUGCACCUGGAGAGGUGGCUGGCACACUUCCCCCUGGAGCAGAUCCACUUUGUCCAUGGGGAGAGGCUGGUGAGCGACCCUGCUGGGGAGCUGGGCAGAGUCCAAGACUUUCUGGGCCUUCAAAGGAUCAUCACAGACAAACACUUCUACUUCAACAAGACAAAGGGUUUCCCCUGCCUGAAGAAGCCAGAGGGCAGCAGCAAGCCCCACUGCCUGGGCAGAACCAAGGGCAGGCCACAUGCUGACAUCCACCCUCAGGUCAUCCUCAGGUUACGGCAGUUCUACCAGCCACACAACCUGCGCUUCUACCAGAUGACAGGGCAGAACUUUGGCUGGUAG